UGGGCGGGGAGGGGCGGCGGGGCCGGAGCCCCUCGCUGUUGGGCAGACUCUCGAUGGCCAGAGGCUGACUUCCACUCCCGCCGACCGCUCCCCGGGGGGAAAGAGAAGAGAGCAAGAGCGGCGCGAGGCCUCCGGUUCCUCAGCCUGCAGAAGUUGGUGGCUUGGCCGCGAGCGCACACUCCAGCACGGGUCUGCAAGGCGAGCCUGCAGCCGGAGAGUACAGCCCCGGGGCGGCCCGGUCGAGGUGCUCCGGCUUUUGUCAUGAUGGCCAGCUACCCGGAGCCCGAGGACGCCGCGGGGGCCCUGCUGACCCCGGAGAGCGGGCGCACAGUCAAAGAGCCCGAGGCACCGCCGCCGAGUCCGGGCAAGGGUGGCGGGACAGCACCCGAGAAGCCGGACCCGGCGCAGAAGCCCCCGUACUCGUACGUGGCGCUCAUCGCCAUGGCGAUCCGCGAGAGCGCCGAGAAGAGGCUCACCCUGUCGGGUAUCUACCAGUACAUCAUCGCCAAGUUCCCGUUCUACGAGAAGAACAAGAAGGGUUGGCAGAAUAGCAUCCGCCACAACCUCAGCCUCAACGAGUGCUUCAUCAAGGUGCCGCGCGAGGGCGGCGGCGAGCGCAAGGGCAACUACUGGACGCUCGACCCGGCCUGCGAGGACAUGUUCGAGAAGGGCAACUACCGACGCCGCCGUCGCAUGAAGCGGCCCUUCCGGCCGCCGCCCGCUCACUUCCAGCCGGGCAAGGGGCUCUUCGGGUCCGGAGGAGCGGCGGGUGGCUGCGGCGUGGCGGGCGCGGGGGCCGAUGGCUACGGCUACCUGGCGCCACCCAAAUACCUGCAAUCGGGUUUCCUCAACAACUCCUGGCCCCUGCCGCAGCCGCCCUCGCCCAUGCCCUACGCCUCCUGCCAGAUGGCGGCGGCCGCGGCAGCAGCUGCAGCCGCCGCUGCAGCCGCCGGCCCGGGGAGCCCCGGUGCAGCCGCGGUGGUCAAGGGGCUGGCGGGCCCCGCCGCCUCCUACGGGCCGUACUCGCGCGUGCAGAGCAUGGCGCUGCCUCCGGGCGUCGUGAACUCUUACAACGGCCUGGGAGGCCCUCCCGCCGCGCCCCCGCCGCCGCCGCACCCCCACCCGCACCCUCACGCACACCAUCUGCACGCAGCCGCCGCACCCCCGCCAGCUCCACCACACCACGGGGCUGCGGCGCCACCCCCGGGCCAGCUCAGCCCCGCCAGCCCGGCCACCGCCGCUCCCCCGGCUCCCGCGCCCACCAGCGCGCCCGGCCUGCAGUUCGCCUGCGCCCGGCAACCCGAGCUCGCCAUGAUGCAUUGCUCUUACUGGGACCACGACAGCAAGACGGGCGCGCUGCACUCGCGCCUAGAUCUCUGAGAGCCACGGCGUGCGGCAGCGGCCCCGGGGUGGAGGAGCCGAGCUCGGGUCGCAGCCGCAGCAGUCAGCCGGACAACACACACUCUGGGACAGCCUCUUGAGCCAGAGCCCUCGAGCCUUCUGCGCCUCCUCGUUCCGCCCGGCUCCUGCGGCUCCACUUUGUCGCCUCCGCUGCUCCUCCGGUGCUCUUCCCCACCGCGGCCUCUGCCUUAGAGCGCUCCUGGCCGGAGGCCGCCCCUCCGCGCUUUCCGCAGGCCUCCUCUCCUCUCGGAGUCCCGGAGUCACCACCGCAGGGAGUGUGUCCCCGGCCAAGGUGCGGCCGAGGUGUCCGUGGCCGCGCUGACCUCUUGGCCUUCUCUUCCAGGUCGGUGGACUCGCGUUCGACUUUCUCCCCCCGACUGCCGCGCUGUCUUCGGCUAGAAGCGCUGGGCUGCUGGAGUAGCGGAACCCACGCUGCCGGAGAAAGGAAAGAACGUGUCUGGUCGCUCCUGGAACCGUCCUGGAACUGAUCAGAAGCCGCUUGCAGAGGGGCCCAUUGGGCGGGGCGGGGGUUGAGCCCCAGGCUGGAGUAGGAACAGCCUAGUUCCAAGGCCUGUAAUCGGGUUCACAUCCCGGCGCCUAGUGAGGCCGCGGUGCCUCUGCUCUUCAACCCACCGCUUCGGGCACCUCCAGUCCAGUGUGGCUGGCUAACGUCUUGUGUAAAAGAUCGGUGAGGUUUUUUUUUUUUUACGAUAUUAAAGAAUACUUUUUAAGAGAAAAAAAGAAAGAGAAAGAAUAAAACUUUCAUCGGGAUAAAAGGUGAAGUGUUAUGGCCUUCGAGUUUGCUAAAAACCAAACAACAAAAUCAAAAGCUUUAGUUUCUUCAUCAUCCCUGCUCGGGGAUUUGUGUAGAAUCCCCAUAGUGACUUCAGACGGCUGUAUUCAGAGCCGGGAGAAAAUAAGUAACUAAAAGAAGGUUUCCACUACAAAUCGGGAGUUUCCCUCUGUAUUUUAAAAAAUAAAAAUCAAAGCAAAUUUCCCCGGAUCUUCAGAUUCUAGCCCGGGAUGCCAGGAGAUUACGGCCUGGCUGGGCCACACUUCGGGGAUGACACUUCCCUCCCUGAUUUUUGCUUUUCAGAAGUCUUGCUUCUUUCACCUUCGGAAGGAGAAAUGUGAAACCGGCCACGGCCGGCCUACACGGGCUUGUGGUCCCAGCCGGCCGACCAGAAAUUUCUGAGACCUGUUGGUUGAGUAAUGUCUUUCGGGGACCAAAUUUUUUAGAGGGAACUAGAGCACUUUUGUUGUAUUUGUAUGUGUGUGUAUGUGUGCACGCGCGCGCGCGUUCCUUGUCAAUUCCCAAAUAAAUGUUUUGGUUUUUUUUUCUUUUAA